AUGUUUUCUUCAAUUUCCUCUCGAUUCUAUUCCUACAAUUUUCCUCACUUUCUUCUCUCCCAACUCCAAAUUUUCCUAACCUUCCACACAUUUGCUUCCAAAAAUCCACUCUCUGUAGCUAAAUUCCAGAACUCAACUUCAUACUUCAAUGAAAAACCCCCAAAAACACCAUCAAAUUCCAAUCUUUCCUCCAGUAAAACCAUUCUUAAACCCUCCCCUGACAGCGCACAUGAGUUUCUUGAUUUCAACCCCACCACAGUUCUUGAAACACUCUCUUCAUACAACAAUGACUGCAAAAGGGCAUUCGAUUUCUUCAAUUGGGUCGAAAUCCAAUGUGGGUUCCAGCACACGACCGAAACUUACAACCGGGUCAUUGAUAUUCUUGGUAAGUUUUUUGAAUUUGAUAUUGCAUGGGAUUUGGUUGAAAAAAUGAGGAAAAGUUCGGCUUUUUCAAAGCCUGAUCGAACAACAUUUAGGAUUCUGUUUAAGCGUUAUGUUUCAGCUCAUCUUGUCAAAGAAGCUAUCGAUACUUUUACUAGAAUGGAAGAAUUUAAUUUGAAAGAUGAAGGUUCCUUUUCGAAUUUGAUUGAUGCCUUGUGUGAAUAUAAGCAUGUGAUAGAAGCUGAAGAAUUGUGCUUUGGAAAGAAUGGAGAUUGCGCUGAAGUGCUAAACUACAAAUUGGAUACGAAAAUAUACAACAUUAUUCUUCGCGGGUGGUUUAAGAUUGGGUGGUGGAGGAAAUUUAGGGAGUUUUGGGAAGAAAUGGAUAAAAGGGGUAUUCCAAAAGACUUGCAUUCUUAUUCUAUAUAUAUGGAUAUACAAUGCAAGAGUGGGAAGCCUUGGAGGGCAGUGAAAUUGUUCAAGGAGAUGAAAACGAAGGGGGUUAAGUUGGAUGUAGUGGCGUAUAACACACUUGUUCGGGCUAUUGGGAUUUCAGAAGGGGUAGAUGUAGCACUUAAGCUUUACCGAGAGAUGAUUGAAUUAGGCUUUCUACCAAAUAUAGUGACUUAUAACACAAUUUUGAAGCUUUUGUGUGAAAAUGGGAGGUACAAGGAUGCGCAUAAAUUUUUCAAUGAGAUGUUAAACAAGGGUUGUGAGCCAAAUGUAAGAACGUAUAAUUGCUUUUUUGGAUGUCUUCAAAAGCCUGGAGAGAUUUUAAAGUUGUUUGAUAGGAUGAUUGAAACUGGAGUUCAGCCAACAAUGGAAACAUAUGUCAUGCUUAUGAGGAAGUUUGGGAGGUGGGGUUUUCUACGACCUGUUUUGCUUGUCUGGAAGAAGAUGGAAGAGCAUGGAGUGAGUCCAAAUGAAUUUGCUUACAAUGCUUUGAUUGAUAUUUUGGUGCAAAAGGGUAUGGUUGAUAUGGCACGCAAGUAUGAUGAGGAAAUGAUGGCUAAAGGGUUAUCUGCUAAGCCCAGGGUAGAACUUGGGACCAAGCUGAUAAGUGUUGGACCUGAAGAUGGUUGACUGCACUUCUUGUUUCAUGACAAGAAAAUGUCUAUUUUGCAGCUCAAGUGACUGCGUCAGGGGAUUAUGCUUGUUCAUCUGUUGAAAGAUGCUGCAAUCUUCUUUGCCAAGUGUUAUUCUUUAAUUCGUGUUCAAUGCGUUGAUAAACUUACUUUGGUAUUUGUGAGUGGACAGUAGAUUGAAAGAUCUGUGGUGAAAGAUGCUUGGCGCAGAGAACAUGGGUAGGUGGAUCCAAAUGCAUGAAUGGUCUCUUGGGGAAUUGGAGGUUUUAAACUGCAAUUUCAAGGUCAUGGUUCUCCUUUAUAAAGCUGAAAGUGUGAUCAUGAAACUUUGGAGCUGAAUGUUCCUGUUUUGCAGUUUUGCUUACCACAUCUGGGAGAUUGUAUUUUCAGUCCCUUGCAUGGAAGACAACUUCGAGAUUCUUACAUCCCAAGCAGGACGUUCAUUUACUAGACCAAUCAAGAUAAGGCAAUGGUAAUCUGUUAUUAAUCUGUUUCUUUUUUGGUAUCUUCAAAAGUCUACUUAUGUUCCGGUUGUGUGUGAGUGACACGUCACAUGCGGACAUGGAAACAGUUUUACGCUUGGCUCGCAUGCUAGGGGUAAAAGAUUAAGUGGGAGAAUUCCGAAAAGCCUGAGAGGUUUCUAGCUAUGGAUUUUUACUCAAUGAAGCAACAUGAUGCUGUAUCAAAAGGGUGCAAUACAUCAAGUACCUGCUGCCUGCAGCUCGUGGACAUCUAUUCUGAUAAUUUGCUUCGUUUUUGAAUCCUACCACAUAUUUCAGUUUUAUUCUCUGUAUCUUUCUGCAAGAGGAACCACCGAACAGAUUUAAAGACAAUUUCAUUUUAAACAUGGUGACAUUGUUCUUUUAA